GCAGGAUUUCAUAUUACCUACCGUCAACAGGAAACCAACAAAAGCCAAAUCUUUUUCCCUCACAAUGAAGCUUUUCGAAUAUUUUACUUUGUUACUACUGAUAGGAUUGGCUGCCCUCUUGGAUACGGUUUCGGGUUGCAGUAUGGCCAACAACGAUGGUGCUGAGCAGCGGGGUUCCCUGCUAGCGGAUCCGUCUACGGUUCCGGUACGUAGCUUGAAGGAUUACAGCGUUGAGGAUAUCUACACCGAGUGCAAUAAAACGUUCGCAAUAUCGAUGGAUUAUCUGAACGAACUGAACGACACCGGAAGCUUCCCGGAUGAAACCGAUAAAAGUCCGAUGUGCUUUAUCCGGUGUUUCCUACAGAAAGGUGGAAUCGUCACCGAGGACGAUAAGGUAAAUAAGGAGCAAGCUCUCGCCGUGGGAUGGGUUAGGAAUGGCGAGACCAUCGAUGACUGUUUACAGGAAAUGACUGGGAAUGCCUGCGAAAGAUCUUAUUAUUUGAUGAGAUGUGUUAGUACGCGUCAUCUGGUGGAAGGCAGAAGCAAGGAUAACAGAAAACGUUGAACAAGAAUUAAUUAAUAAACUGUAAAUAAAUAUUAGAUACUAUAAGAAAUAAGUUUAGGAAAUUAUACCAACAUAUAAAUAAAAUUGA